GUUUUCUUCGAGCCCUAGACCGUUCCUGUACGUUUGGAUGCGCGGCAUCUCAGAAUGAAUACAUAACAUACGCAUAUCACACACGCAGAGAGAUUGGAGAUUGUGAAUAGCUGAGAUGGCGCAUAGAUUGUUAAGAGAUUACGAGGCCGAUGGAUGGGAGCGCUCGGAUUUCCCUAUAAUCUGCGAGUCCUGCCUCGGCGACAAUCCGUAUGUUCGAAUGACAAGAGCAGAUUAUGACAAAGAGUGUAAGAUCUGCACACGGCCAUUCACUGUUUUUAGGUGGAGACCUGGUCGUGAUGCAAGAUUCAAGAAAACUGAGGUUUGCCAGACAUGUAGCAAGUUAAAAAAUGUUUGUCAAGUCUGUCUCUUGGAUCUUGAAUAUGGUUUACCAGUUCAGGUUCGAGAUACAGCACUCAGUAUCAAUUCCAAUGAUGCCAUUCCGAAGAGUGAUGUGAACAGGGAAUAUUUUGCAGAGGAGCAUGACCGUAGGGCUAGAGCAGGUAUUGAUUAUGAAUCAUCUUAUGGGAAAGUGCGGCCAAACGACACUAUUAUGAAGCUUCAAAGGACAUCACCAUACUAUAAAAGGAACCGAGCACAUAUAUGCAGUUUUUAUGUUCGGGGUGAAUGCACACGAGGGGCUGAAUGCCCUUAUCGACAUGAGAUGCCCAUGACUGGGGAGUUGUCACAGCAAAAUAUAAAAGAUCGUUACUAUGGUGUGAAUGAUCCUGUGGCGCUGAAGCUGCUUGGCAAGGCCGGUGAAAUGCCUUCACUGGAGCCUCCUGAGGACGAAAGCAUUAGGACUCUGUAUGUUGGUGGUCUUGAUGCAAGGAUUACUGAACAGGAUUUAAGGGAUAACUUUUAUGCACAUGGCGAAAUUGAAUCUGUAAAGAUAGUACUUCAACGAGCAUGUGCAUUUGUGACCUACACAACCAGAGAAGGAGCAGCAAAGGCUGCAGAAGAGCUCUCUAACAAACUUGUCAUUAAGGGUUUGAGACUGAAGCUGAUGUGGGGUAGGCCUCAAGCAUUGAGAUCUGAGACUGAAGGCUCGGAUGAAGCAAGGCAGCAGGCAGCAUUGGCACAUGGAGGUAUGUUGCCUCGGGCAGUCAUAUCUCAACAGCAGAGCCAGUUGCAACCUGGGAACCAGGACCAGCCACCACCAAUGCCCUACUACAAUAUUCCUCCUCCAAUCCAGCAGGAAAGAACCUUUUAUCCGUCAAUGGAUCCUCAACGGAUGGGUGCACUUAUUCCAUCUCAAGAUGAGGCUCCUAAUGGGCCUGCAGGUUCUGGUGAGAAGAAAGCUGGACCUGAGAAGCAGCAUCAGGCUCAGCAUUAUCCUUAUCAAGCAAUGCCGCCUCCUCAUGGACAAUUUCAUGGGCAACCUUAUCUGCCAUAUGGAUAUAUGAUGCCACCACCGCCACCACCCUAUCACCAGUACCCACCUCAAUACCCUUCUACAAUGCCACAGCAGCAGGGCGCUCAUAUGACACAGCAGUAUCAACAUUCUGGACCUCCAAGAGCUGCACCUCCAUCAUCUACUUCCUCUGGUCCUGCCCCUCCUCUGCCCACUUCCUCUGGGCCUUCAGCAUCUACAUCCUCAGCGCCAGGGUCGUCCUAAGUAUGAUGAUUGCCAGCCACUCGUUUCUGCUUUAACUGUAUAAUAUUCUUAAUUGUUGCAAUUUUGGUUCUGUAUACUUAUUGCUUGUACUAUUAGGCAUUGCUGGUGAGCAACAUUUGUUGGUAUUGGUGCGCUUUGGUGCUCAAUUAUAUGUUUGACCCGAAUAUUCAAGCUUUAUUAUCUCUGUACUUCUUGAAGGGUA